UGAGCAACAUUUAGUUGAGUUCAGUACGUUCAGAUCAUCGUUGAGCGUGCUUUGUAAUUAUUUGCGUUUAGAUCAUUCUACAUUGGAAUCGGCAAAAAUGUUGCUGGAAUUCUUUGCGAUAUUCGUAGUGCUACUGCUGUUAGCCUAUCGAUGGUCCACAGCCAACUAUAAUUUCUUUAAGGAUAAGGGCAUUGAUUAUCAUCAUCCAUAUCCCUUUGUGGGCAGCAUGUGGAAAAUGUUUCUGCGCCAGAAAUCGAUGCUUGAUCUAGUCGUUGAAUUGUACAACAAAAGCGACAGCAAGGUUUAUGGCAUCUUUGAGCAACGAACGCCGCUGCUGAUGAUACGCGAUCCGGAAUUAUUGAAACAGAUAACCAUUAAGGAUUUCGAUCACUUUAUCAAUCAUCGCGAUGUGUUUGGCGUGGACGAAGAUGAUCCGCAUAAUAUGGACAAUCUAUUUGGUAGCUCCUUGUUCUCCAUGCGUGAUGCACGUUGGAAGGACAUGCGCAGCACUUUGAGUCCUGCGUUCACGGGCAGCAAAAUGCGUCAAAUGUUUCAGCUGAUGGAUAUUGUGGCCAACGAGGCUGUGCAGUGCCUGAAACGUGAUGGGGUGCCGAAAGAGGGACUCGUCCUGGAUAUGAAGGACUAUUGCACCCGGUUUACCAAUGAUGUGAUUGCUUCCACAGCAUUUGGACUGCAGGUUAACUCAUUCAAGGAUCGCGAAAAUACGUUCUAUUUGAGUGGUAAGAAGAUGACGGAUUUUACGGGUCUGCAGAACUUAAAGUUCCUGCUAUUCACCAGUUCCAAGCGGCUGUUCAAGUUGCUUAGAUUGCCGCUAUUCGAUAGAAAGAGUACCGAGUACUUUGUGCGUCUUGUGCUGGAUGCCAUGAAGUAUCGUCAGGAGAACAACAUUGUGCGUCCGGAUAUGAUUAACAUGCUGAUGGAGGCGAGUGGCAUGAUACAGUCAGAUAAAGCCAAGAGUGGCCCAGUUCGCAACUGGAGUGAUCGCGAUAUUGUGGCCCAAUGCUUUGUCUUUUUCUUUGCCGGCUUUGAGACAUCGGCGGUCCUGAUGUGUUUCACCGCACACGAGAUCAUGGAGAACGAGGAUGUGCAGAGCCGACUUUAUGAGGAAGUUUCCCAGGUGAACAGCGAUCUGGAGGGUGGUCAGCUCACAUAUGAAGCUCUGAUGGGCAUGAAGUACUUGGAUCAAGUGGUUUCCGAAGUACUGCGUAAAUGGCCGGCGGCAAUUGCUGUUGAUCGAGAGUGUAACAAAGAUAUUACCUAUGAGGUUGAUGGUAAGAAGGUGGAAAUCAAGAAGGGCGACGCUCUUUGGCUGCCCACUUGCGGCUUCCAUCGUGAUCCUAAGUACUUUGAGAACCCCGAGAAAUUCGAUCCUGAAAGAUUUAGUGAGGAGAACAAGGAUAAAAUCCAACCUUUUACUUACUAUCCCUUUGGCAUUGGUCCACGCAAUUGCAUAGGUUCUCGUUUCGCUUUGCUUGAGGCAAAGGCUGUUAUCUACUAUUUGUUGCGUGAUUUCCGUAUUGCUGCUUCCGAGAAGAGCUGCAUCCCCUUGGUUCUCAGUUCCUCCGGCUUUCAGCUGAAGCCUAAAAAUGGUUUCUGGCUCAAACUCAUUCCACGGAAUGCGUUCAGAUCGUCGUUGAGAGUGCUUUGUAAUUAUUUGCGUUUAGAUCAUACUAUAUUGGAAUCGUCAAAAAUGUUGCUGGAAUUCUUUGCGGUAUUCGUAGUGCUACUGCUGUUGGCCUAUCGAUGGUCCACAGCAAACUAUAAUUUCUUCAAAGAUAAGGGCAUUGAUUUUGAUCAUCCAUUUCCCUUGCUCGGCAGCAUGUGGGAAAUGUUUCUGAAACAGAAAUCGGUGCUUGAUCUAGUCGUCAAGUUGUACCUUCAAAGCGACAGCAAGGUUUAUGGCAUCUUUGAGCAACGGACGCCGGUGCUAAUGAUACGCGAUCCGGAAUUAUUGAAACAGAUAACCAUUAAGGACUUUGAUCAUUUUGUCAAUCAUCGCGAUAUGUUUGGCGUGGUCGAUGAUGAUCCGCAUAAUAUGGACAAUCUAUUUGGCAGCUCCUUGUUCUCCAUGCGUGAUGCACGUUGGAAGGACAUGCGCAGCACUUUGAGUCCUGCGUUCACAGGAAGCAAAAUGCGUCAAAUGUUUCAGCUGAUGGAUAUUGUGGCCAACGAGGCUGUGCAGUGCCUGAAACGUGAUGGGGUGCCCAAGGAUCGACUCGUCCUGGAUAUGAAGGACUAUUGCACCCGGUUUACCAAUGAUGUGAUUGCUUCCACAGCAUUUGGACUGCAGGUGAACUCAUUCAAGGAUCGCGAAAAUACGUUCUACUUGAGUGGCAAGAAGAUGAUGAACUUCACAGGUCUGCAGAGCUUGAAGUUUUUGAUAUUCAUGACAUCCAAGCGGCUGUUCAAAUUGCUCAGAUUGCCGCUAUUCGAUAGAAAGAGCACCGAAUACUUUGUGCGUCUUGUGCUGGAUGCCAUGAAGUAUCGUCAGGAGAACAACAUUGUACGUCCGGACAUGAUUAACAUGUUGAUGGAGUCGAGUGGCAUGAUACAGUCAGAUAAAGCCAAGAGUGGCCCAGUUCGCAACUGGAGUGAUCGCGAUAUUGUGGCCCAAUGCUUUGUCUUUUUCUUUGCCGGCUUUGAGACAUCGGCGGUCUUAAUGUGCUUCACUGCACAAGAGAUCAUGGAGAACGAGGAUGUGCAGAGCAGACUUUAUGAGGAAGUUUGUCAGGUGAACAGCGAUCUAGAGGGUGGUCAGCUCACAUACGAAGCUCUGAUGGGCAUGAAAUACUUGGAUCAAGUGGUUUCCGAAGUGCUGCGCAAAUGGCCGGCGGCAAUUGCUGUUGAUCGAGAGUGCAGCAAGGAUAUUACCUAUGAGGUUGAUGGUAAGAAGGUGGAAAUAAAGAAGGGCGACGCAAUUUCUCUGCCUACUUGUGGCUUCCAUCGUGAUCCUAAAUACUUUGAAAACCCCGAAAAGUUCGAUCCUGAACGUUUUAGCGAGGAGAACAAGGAUAAAAUCCAACCUUUUACUUACUUUCCCUUUGGCAUUGGUCCACGCAAUUGCAUAGGUUCUCGUUUCGCUUUGCUUGAGGCAAAGGCUGUUAUCUACUAUUUGUUGCGUGAUUUCCGUAUUGCUGCUUCCGAGAAGAGUUGCAUCCCCUUGGUUCUCAGUUCCUCCGGCUUUCAGCUGAAGCCUAAAAAUGGAUUCUGGCUCAAACUCAUUCCAAGGAAUUGAAACAAAUGCAUUGUUAUGUCUUUAUUUUAACAUUUAUUAAUAUAUA